AUGAUCAACAAUUGGCUAAGAACAUUGGAUGAUAAAUCGAGCUAUCUGCGGAUCGUUUUCCUCGAAUUUAGUAAAGCCUUCGUCCGCAUAGACCAUAAUAUCCUGGUCCCAAAGUUGCUGGCCCUUGGCGUCAGAUUGUCGCUUAUUCCAUGGAUAUGCAGCUUUCUCUCAAAUCGCCGUCAAUCGGUAAAGAUCGACAAUUUCCAAUCUGAUUGGGGCAUCAAUAAUGCAGGUGUCCCUCAAGGAACUAAAUUGGGCCCUAUUUUGUUCAUAAUUAUGAUCAACGAUCUUGAACUGGCAUCCUCUAGCACUGACCAUUGGAAAUACGUGGAUGACGUAACAGUAUCGGAGUCCUUAAAGAAAAAUGAAGUUUCAGUCCUACAAUCUGAUCUUAACACAAUUGAAAGAUGGACUGUUAAUAACAACAUGAAAUUGAACGGAAAGAAAUGCAAAGAAAUGAUGAGUUUCGUCCGUAGCGAGAAUGACAUCCCACGACUCCUCAUUGAUGGUUUAUCUCUAGACUUAGUUCCUUCUUUCAAAAUUUUGGGCUUAACCAUGAACAAUAAAUUGAAAUGGCAAGAUAACACUGAAGCGUUAGUUAAAAAAGCCUCAAAACGCUUAUACAUUAUUCGUGUCCUACAGCCCUGUGGUCUUCCCCCAAUGACCUCUUAUUAG